GAGCAUGUAUGGUGUCCGUGACGUUACCGGAAGUGACACACGUUCUCCCCCUUUAUGGCUUGUAUCUAGUAGAGUGAAACGUGCUUCAAGGUUGUCUUUCAAUCAGCACGCCGGCUCGAGCGCGCGAGGACGCCAGGGAGUAAAAAACGUGUGAAAGGUUUGCAAGCAGGUGUUUUCAGACUGAGGUGGUUUCCCGAACAAAGAUGGAUCAAGCCAGGACGACUAUAACAAAAAUUUUCAAUGGGACGGAGGGCACCUACACGCGAUUCCUGACCCAGAACAUGGAAGAAGACUCCAGUCAUGUGGAGAUGAAGCUUUCGUCUGAUGUGGACGAGGAGGUCGAAGGGAACGGAGUGGCUGAUCAUGGAAAACACCAUCACGCUCGGCCGGCCUACGUCAGCAAGCCUGGCCUGUGCAACCCCAGAAACAUCUUCAUAGCUGUGACCGUGGCUAUUCUUAUAAGCUUUCUGAUUGGACUUUUGAUCGGCUCUAAUAUGUAUAAAAGAUCGACUGAAGAGGCUUCAAGCUCUUGCAAGACUUCUUUUUUUACCCCUUCCUCUGCUCCGUCUGAUGACGAGGCGAUUCCGAUCGAAACGGUUCCCAGUCUUGACUGGAGCGACAUCAUGGCUUUGCUGAAACGCAAACUGACCACAAGUGGCAUUGAAACCAGCCUCAGGGAGUUCUCCAGCGACAGUCAUCAAGCAGGAUCCGCAGGAGACGAGAUACUUGCCAAUAAAGUCUUAACCAAAUUCAAGGAUAACGGAAUGGAGCCCUGGCUCGAUACACACUAUGUUAAGGUCCAGGAUCGUCCUGCUAGUGGGGUGAACAAAGUGACGUUCCGUGGCAAUACGUUUUCCGAACCUGGCUAUUUGUCCUACAGCGCAACGGGAACGGUGCAGGGUGCACUUUUGUACGCCUAUUAUGGACAAGAAGACGACUUGAGACGCCUGCAAGACAUCGGCAUUGACAUGUCUGAAAGAGUCCUCUUGAUCCGGGCAGGAAAAAUUAGUUAUGCUGAGAAGGUUGCUAAUGCUGCCAAAGUGAACGCCAGUGCAGUGCUGAUCUACCCCGACCCUGCUGAUUACCCGUUUGCCGAAAACGUUGACUUGCUUGGCCACGUCCAUCUGGGCUCUGGUGAUCCGUACACUCCAGGUUUCCCAUCUUUUAACCACACUCAGUUUCCUCCUGCUAAAUCCUCAGGCCUGCCAAGCAUACCUGCCCAGACCAUCCGCGCCAGUACAGCUGCAGCGAUCAUGAGGGAAAUGGAAGGUCGUAGUCCUCCUCAUGGAUGGGGUAAUGGAGGUCUGCAAGAUUACAAGCUCGGUAGUACUAACGACAUUGUCUCCGUGGAGGUCAACAAUCUUCUCACUGAAAUACAGAUCCAUAAUGUGUUUGGAGUCGUUAAGGGUUUCAUAGAUCCAGAUCGUUAUGUGGUGAUUGGAGCUCAGAGAGACGCCUGGGGUGCUGGAUUUGCCAAGUCCACAGUCGGCACUAGCUUACUGCUCGAGUUAGCCCGAGUUAUUAGCAGCAUGGUACAUGAAGAUGGAUUCAAACCCAGGAGGAGCAUCGUGUUUGCCAGUUGGAGUGCUGGAGAAUACGGCGCUGUUGGUGCUACAGAGUGGCUUGAGGGUUAUUUGCCUUCUUUGAACAUGAAAGCCUUUUCCUACAUCAGCCUGGAUGGAGUUGUUGCAGGUUCUGGAAACUUCAAAGCAAGUGCAAGCCCGCUGAUGUAUGACCUGAUCCAGAGUACUUCAAAAGAGGUUUCUUCACCCACUGACCCCAGCAGAACUAUAUUCGCACUGGCUGGAUCGAACUUUGAGACAAAUGUGAUGGAGCCGAUGAGGAUGGAUGAUCCUGCCUAUCCGUUCCUGACUUUCUCGGGCAUCCCUUCUGUCUCUUUCCGAUUCACUCAGGAUAAACCAUACCCAUUCUUUGGUACUUUGCUGGAUACCAGGAGAAAUCUGGAGAGUAAAGCAUCGAACGUACCCGCACUGAUAAAGUCGGCAGGCGAGGUGGCGGGUCAGAUGGCGCUUCGGCUGGUACACGAUCAUCUGCUGAGACUGAAUACGGAAAAGUACCUCAACAUCAUGCGCUUACAAGUGAGCAAAAUCAACAAGGAAGUGAUGAGCCUGCAAAGGAGUGGUCGCCUUCCAAAGACUCUCCAGAUGAAGUGGCUGAUGUCAGCGUUGGGUUCGUACGGUCGUGCCUCCAGGAACCUGAUCAGCACAAUCCAGAAUAGCGACCUCGAAGACAUCGAGCAGUGUCGCAUCAUUAAUGACCGGAUCAUGGGGGUGGAAAGGGAUCUGCUGUCUCCGUACGUCUCUCCCAUGGAAACACCGUUCAGACACAUAUUGCUUGGCUCGGGAUGGUGCACCGUUCAAGACGUCCUCACACAACUGGCCGUGAUCAGAGAAGGCGUAGUCAGCGCCAACACCGACCUGCUGAAGAAUCAGUUCGCUCUGACCACCUGGACGAUCCAAAGCUGCGCCAAUGCACUCGCUGGGAACGUAUGGGACAUGGACAAUGAGAUUUAGGUGAAAUUCCGGUCCAGUUAAUAAACGAGGCGCUUCAGAUUAAAACUCUAGUCCCCUUGCGUAACAGAUAAACCGGUCUGUUAGGAUGCCUUAAUCCGACACUGUGCUGUAUUUCAACCAAAAAUCUCGCUCGAGUAAAUAAAGCGCUCGUCCAUUCCCGUACAGGCGAGCGGCGUCAUGACGUAGCCAUUAAAGCGGUACUGUAAAUCAAAUGAAAAUUACUGCUUUCAAACGGGUUUUUUUUUGGUUGAAAUAUUGAACAGUGUCAUCCGAUUAAAAUAUCCUCUCGAGAAUCCCAAAAUAUACAUGAAAAAAUAAUGGCAAAAGAAUACCAAAACCUGGUGCUUAAUGAACUCGGUUCUAAUUUUGUAAAAUGUUACCUCAUACAGUAUUUUUUUUUUUUUUCAACAAUUGUGCAAAAAAAAAAAAAAAAAAAAGAGGUCAGGCUAUUAAAGGUGUAGCUCAAUUCAUUUCAAAUAAAAAAAAUAAAUAAAAAAAAAGGUUUGUUAUAAAAAUCUGAGCUGACGUUUGUUCAGAAACCUUUGUAAUACAAAAGCUGGCGAUUGGUUCACCAAGAAAACAAAAGUUCAGCAUUCGUCACCCCCGGCACCAAACUUAACCAGUAACGGCUCAUCCCCUGUUAAAGAAUUGUAUCAGGUGAGAGGGGGAGGAGAAAAAAAAAACGAUCCAAAGCUGUUACACAACGAGCUGAACGCUAGCUUCACAACGUGGCACUGAGAUCUCUAUUUAUUUAUUUAUUUAUCAGUGACAGGGUUCACUAUAAAUAGCGUUUUGUACCACUUUUUUAUAGAAAUUUAUAAUUAUCGGAAGCAGUGCCUUCCAUAAUUAUGACAGUUAUACUGUCGAAAAAUGACAAACUAUAGCAAAAGCAGCAUCUGCUACGGAGGGAAGCUCGUUUCCGAAUUAAAGAACGAAGAAAAGAAAAAAUAUUCACGACCAGGGACCGUCACAUUGCAUGGUUCGGUGCGGAGUUGCACACUCGAGUGUCGUCUACGUACACACGUACACACACACACACACACACACACACACACACACACUAUCUGACUCUGGUCUCUGGUGUUUUUUUGUUUUUUUACACUCUUGACCUUAAGCAUUAUCGGGAGCAGCGUCUUCCAUAACGCGAGUGAAGUCGAUGGUAGUUUUUGCCUACCAGCGUGUUGAUAUCGAGAGCAGGGCCUCUCAUAUUUCACUGUAUGGUGGAUGUUAAUUAUCGGGAACAGUGUUUCUCAUAAUGAUGUACAUAUUCUCUGCAUGGACAGUGCAGUCAUCUCGCUAAAACUCACCUGCUGUGUUUCAGCUGUUAGUGCUUUCUUUUUUUUUGAAAUAGCAACAAAUCUGAUCAAUCAGGAAGCUCUAGAAAUAAAUCUGCAUUUAUGAUGGGCAUUUCUAUAAUUCUAGAGAUUGUGCUUCUCAACUCUCUUGUUUCUCGUGUGCGAUUUAUUUUUCAUUUUUCUUUCCUUGUUUGUGCCUUAUAUGAUCUGGUGAAUGAUUAUAUUUGUUUUGUUCCUAACAAGAACUAAAAUUGUACAAUAUGAUCAGCAAAUCACCAAAGUUUUGCUGUUUUUUCUGCUGAAUCUUUUUUUUCCUAAUUAGAAUUUUUUUUUUCUCCUCUAAUCAAACGCAGUUGCUUGCACUCGGGCAAUUGUAACCUGUUUUACAAUCUGUCCAAAUGCACAUUGUUAAAUGCAAUAAAUAUGUACACCUUCA